AUGGCCAAACGCCUAACGUCCUACUUAAUAUAUGCAUUUGCUAUUGUUGUUGCUUUGCAUUCAAAAUUUAUAAUUGGUUGCUCAANCAUCACCCCACCUAGUUCUUGGUAUACUGACUCUUGUUUUUACACUCAUGAACUCAAUCAAGUCUUCUUCAAAGGUUGGCAAGCUGUUGGGUACACUGAACAGAUCAAAGAGCCUAGGCAAUAUUUCACUGGAAGAUUGGGGAAUGUCGAGUAUGUUGUAUGUCGAGAUGAUGGUGGAAAAAUACAUGCUUUUCACAAUGUUUGUCGGCAUCAUGCCUCUCUUCUUGCCUCAGGAAGUGGGAAAAGCUCUUGCUUUGUUUGUCCAUACCAUGGGUGGACAUAUGGAUUGGAUGGAGCACUUCUAAAGGCAACUAGAAUAAAAGGAAUCAAGAACUUCAAAGUGAAUGAGAUGGGACUAGUCCCAAUGAGAGUAGCUGUAUGGGGACCAUUCAUACUUGUCAAUUUUGAAAAUGGAGUUUUGCCUGAACAAGAAUCCGAUUUUGACUUGGUUGGAAACGAAUGGUUGGGUAGUUCAUCCCAAAUCUUGGCUGAUGGUGGAGUGGAUUCUUCAUUGAGUUUUUUAUGCAGACGUGAAUACACCAUUGAGUGUAACUGGAAGGUUUUCUGUGACAACUACUUGGAUGGUGGUUAUCAUGUACCAUAUGCUCAUAAAGGUCUUGCUUCGGGUCUGNCAAAUACAAAUAGUAAACAAUUAAAAAUACUAACCUGA